AUGCCAAUUACGGCUACACAAGCGUGGAAAGAGUUGACUAGAUUGCGAUUGUUGGGUCCAAAUGGCCAAUCACCGGGCAUCUUCAUUGUUGAUGAAUCUCCUUUCAAAGAGGAAGAUGAUGAAGAAGCCACUGCUAGCUGUGGAUACGAUUUCAUCGCCGGACGGAUAUUGCCGACUGCUGAUAUCUACAAAGAAGGUGCUUACCGGCUUGAAAUGAAAUUCUCCAGUGACUACCCAUUCAAGCCGCCAGAGGUGCACUUCACUACGCCAAUCUACCACUUGAAUGUUGAUAAAGAUGGAUUGGUAUGUAUACCUAUUCUGCAAGCGACUAACAACUGGAAGCCGAGUACAAUUUUGGCGGAUGUUGUUAAAGCCAUCGUGGAUAUUAUUGACCACCCCAAAAUCGACUAUGCAAUGAAUCCGGAAAUACAUAAAGAAUAUUCGGAAAAGCGAGAUGAAUACGAGCGCAAGGCAAAACAAAUGGUGAGAGAAAAAGCAUUGCCUCGAACAUAA